AUGAACAUGACAGCCAAUCACGUUCUACGUAGAGGGCGCCGUUUGGUUGUGUACCAGUUCAAAAAUUAUUUCAAAAUUUUUGCCAUCAGGAAAAAAGUUAAAAUGACGGACAAGCCUAAGCGUCCAAUGUCAGCCUAUAUGCUAUGGCUUAAUAGUGCAAGAGAACAGAUUAAAUCUGAAAAUCCAGGGCUUAAAGUAACCGAAAUAGCUAAAAAGGGGGGUGAAAUAUGGAGGUCGAUGAAAGAUAAGAGUGUCUGGGAGGAGAAGGCUGCAAAGGCGAAAGAGCAGUACACAAAGGAUCUAGAAUCUUACAAUGCUAAUGGAGGUGGUGGUGAAGGAGGCGGUAAAAAGGCACAGAAAAGGGGAAAGAAGGGCAAGAAAGCUGCAGCACCAACUAAGUCUAAGAAGAAGAAGGAGGAGUCUGAAGAAGAAGAAGGUGAGGAGGAAGAAGAAGAAAGCGAU